AUGGCAGACAAUGACUCUGGGAUGGGGAGGGUCAUAACAGUCGACAAUUUCUCUACGGAAAUGGCCGCACUGGACAGCUCAAAACCCCUUCAUGGCCUGGUUGAUAUGGGCAGCAAUGGCAUUCGAUUCUCUAUUUCCGACCUUUCUCUCCCUGCAAGCAGACUGCUGACAUGUAUCUAUCGCGAACGUGUUGGGAUAUCACUGUACGACGCGCUCCAUGAAAGCGGUCCUGACGCCAGGCCCUUCUACUUCUCUCCAACCACUAUCGCAAAGGUCGCCCAGACUCUCGCGAGAUUCAAAAGCAUAUGCGACGGCUAUGGAGUGCCUGGCGGUAACAUCAGCGUGUUUGCGACGGAAGCGACUCGGACGGCCAAGAACAAGGACGAUAUGCUAAGUGCCAUUCGUGAUGCAAGUGGUCUUACAGUGGACAUAUUAAGCCCGGCUAUGGAGAGCCUGUUUGGAGCGAUGGGUGCGAGAAGUGGCUACGAUCAAGUCGACGGCCUGUUCAUGGAUCUCGGCGGCGGCAGUGUUCAAAUGACAUAUGUCAAUAGUUUGGUAGAUCCAGGCUAUGAUGUUCUUGCAGCAAAAGCAGCCAAGAGCAUGCCAUUUGGAGCUGCAAAGCUUACCGCUGCCUUAUCAGAGACAGACUCUGCCCAUGCCACCAAAGAAGAGCUACGCGGUCUAAUGAAGGGCGCCUUUGAAGAGCUGACAGCUCGAUUCCCUCAGCUCAAAGCACAAGCCGAACAUCACGAUGGCAUAACAAUUUACUUCUGUGGGGGUGGUUUCCGCGGAUACGGCAGCAUGUUGAUGCAUACCGACUCGAUUCAACCAUAUCCUAUACCAGCUAUUGGAGGCUACGUUGUGCCGGGCAAUCGUUUCGCCAAGUGGCGUGAGAUGCUCCACGCCAACAAUUAUGAUGAUGGGAAGAUAUAUGGUCUUUCUAAAAGAAGACGGCAGCAGUUUCCCGCUAUUGUCACCGUUGUGCAAGCCCUUGUUGAGGCGGUGCCUAAGAUUAAGCAAGUAGUCUUUUGCAGCGGUGGUAAUCACGAGGGUGUCUUGUUUAUGAAGCUAUCACCCGAGUGUCGAGAGCAACAUCCUUUGUCGUUUCUACCAAGCAAAAUUACCAUAGAGGAGUCAGAUGGUGUUGAUGCCGUUGCUCGAUUCAUACUGUCUUCAAUGCCAAGUGGAUAUCCCGCGGUGUUUUCAAGGCAUAUCAUCAAAUAUAUUGCGAGUAACACUUGGCAAGAUAUGGGUGAUCCCGACAGCGCAAACUCCGCUAAAGCACUCCACGAUCCCAUUUCAGGGACUCUUGCAGGCUUGCCAGGAAUGACGCAUCAAGCUCGUAGCGUCUUAGCCCUCACCAUGUGCCACCGAUGGGGAUCGAAUCUUGGACCUGGUGAUGCGAAGCUCGCGGAAAACCUUCAAGCGUUGGUCGGUCCGGAGUGUAGUUGGUGGUGCAGGUAUAUUGGCACAGUGGCUAAAACGCUAGCUGUCGUUAUGCCUUGUCGACCUGCCAGCCAGGUGGUGCUCCAAAAGCACGUCUCAAUAGAAGCCAACACAUCACAUGGUUUGGGCAAAAAAGGCCACAAGGUUGGCAUUCGAAUGUUGAUCAAGCUUCAUCCAGAUGUAAAGGGUGACUUGAGAUCUUUUGAUAUUGAAAAAUCUUUUGAGAAGAUUGGGAAGGGCCUUAAGGUCGACUGGAAAGUUGAAGCGGAAGUUGAAUUUGUUUCUUGA